AUGGACAUGAAUAUGGGCAGGGCAGCAACGGGUGCCGAUGGGUUUGCUGCCAAUGCAGGUAUGGAGUUUGGCGCCUGUCGUCGUUGGCGGGAAUAUUUGCAAACCACCUCUGCGAUGUAUUCUGAGCUUGAACGUGAGCGCGCUGCCGGGUGGCAAUCUGAGGCGUUGGAUUGGUGGUAUCAACAGCGGCACAAAAAAGAGGAUGAAGAGGCUGUCAAACGUCAAGGGGGUAUGACGGCCCCAUCGUCGACAUCGUUUUUUAAUAGCGACAUUGUGAAGUUAUGUGAGCGGUACUGUGAGCAUGCCGAGAGAGUUCUCAUGCGUGCUGCACCGUCCUACUUUAAGCCUUUUUCUGAGGCAACUCGCGGGCCACCGGCGGGGAGGGCAACAGAGAAGGAGAAGGAGGAGAAGGAGGAGAAGGAGGAACAGAGUUCCCCACCAACGUUUCUUGACCUUGGCUCUGCUCCUGGCGGCGUGUCAAAAUUUCUUGUGACGCGGCUGCGGUGGCGAGGCGUUGGUGUCUCUCUCCCUGUCAGUCGCGGGGGGAUCGCAUCUGACUCGUCAUGGCUGCAUUCGUCAACGACUCCAGCACAGUACGAGUUUAUUGAGGGAAGCAUCACGGAGAAUGACUGGCAUGAGUCCAUUCAAGGGCGAAAUUUUUACUUUGUCAACGGUGGUGCUGUGCAGGACCACGGGCAGCGCAAUGCGGAGAAAUUGUCAAAUGACACGGAGGAUGGUGGGGGAAAUCAUGCGGUGGUUGUUAGUGACGACGAUGCGCAGCCCGUAUUACCGUGGUUUAAAUUCCUUGUACCGCAGCUUCGAUUGGCAGUGGAGCAUGUUGAGGAGGGUGGUGUCAUUAUGCUUGUAUUUGGCGUUCCAGAGUGUGCCAGUCUUUCCAUUUUGCUUGCUCUUGUGCAGCCACUUGUGCACGGUGGCAUUCACAUUUUAGAGACAAUGCACCUGACGAAGUCCCCUGUCUAUAUUCUCAUUACCGGUGUUUGUGUCAAAUGCGAGGAGGAGGCACGGGCCGCGUGGGACAAAGUCCUGGCGUUGAUGACGCAAGAAAGCAGAGACUUUUGGUUGGGGGAAACGGAGGAGGGGCUGCGACUUGCGAAGACCGGAUUUGCACAACACCGUAAAGGUUUGGAAGCGGUGUGGGAGAAGACGACAUCUUUUUUGCGACGACGAAGGCUCCAGGCGGAGCGAGCGAGAGCGGCAUCUAUGAAUUGGAAGCGUAUAAUGAAGAGGCAGCGUGAUUGA